CGGACGCGCUGCUGUGUGUUGACAGUGGAGCUGGAGAGAGAAACUUUGUGUUUCUUCGUUAAUGACGAACCAACAUGAACCAUCAUGUCCGGUUCUGUGUUCUCCUGCUGGCUCUUCUUCUUCCUCCCCCUGCUGCUGCUGUCUCCAGAAGAGACAGGAAGAACGUCCUCUUGAUUGUGGCAGAUGACCUGCGGACAUCACUGGGUUGCUACGGAGACCCUGUGGUGAAAUCGCCAAACAUUGACCAGUUGGCGUCCAAAAGCCAAGUUUUUCUCAAUGCAUACGCACAGCAAGCCGUGUGUGCCCCCAGUCGUACGUCCAUGUUGACCAGCCGCAGACCAGACACCACCAGGCUCUACGACUUCAACUCUUACUGGAGAACCCACUCUGGAAAUUACACCACUCUGCCUCAGUACUUCAAAACCAUAGGCUACUUCACCGCAUCUGUGGGCAAGGUUUUUCAUCCAGGAAUCGCCUCAAACCACUCAGAUGACUAUCCAUACAGCUGGUCCAUCCCUGCAUACCACCCAGCCUCAUUUCAUUUUGAGAAAAAAAAGAUGUGUAAAGGAGAGGACGGUAAACUGCACGCCAACCUGCUGUGUGCAGUGAAUGUGACGGAGCAGCCCGGGGGAACCCUCCCUGACCUGGAGAGCACAGACGAGGCUGUCAGGUUACUGAAGAGCAGGGCCAAGGAUCGUGUUCCCUUCUUCUUAGCCGUGGGAUUUCACAAACCACACAUUCCCUUCAGGAUACCACAGGAGUACCUGAGACUAUAUCCUUUAGAGGAAAUGACCCUGGCCCCUGACCCCAAUGUCCCAAAACUCCUCCCCCCUGUGGCCUACAACCCGUGGACCGAUGUGAGAAAGCGAGACGAUGUCCAAAACCUAAACAUCACCUUUCCUUACGGACCAAUUCCCAAAGACUUCCAGCUGCGGCUCCGUCAGCACUACUUUGCUGCUGUGUCCUACAUGGACGCUCAGGUUGGACGGCUGCUCAGUACUCUGGACGAUCUCAGGCUGGCUGACGACACUAUGGUGGUGUUCACCUCAGAUCAUGGUUGGUCAUUAGGAGAACACGGGGAAUGGGCUAAAUACUCUAAUUUCGAUGUGUCGACACGUGUCCCUCUCAUCUUUUACGUCCCUGGUGUCACAACACGCCCGGAUUUGCUGGGAGCGUCUCCUUUCCCCUUUAUUGAUGCCUUAACCAAAUCAGAGUACAGCUUUAAGAAUGACAGAGUUAGAAGAAACGUGGUGGAGCUAGUGGAUGUUUUUCCCACAGUCGCCUACAUGGCCGGACUCCGCGCACCUGAACCUUGUGCUGAUGUUUCUUUCCAGGAGGAGCUGUGCACAGAGGGAGACAACCUAGCCUACACUUUCCGUCACAGAGAAAGAGGAGAGGACGAGGAAGCGGUCUCUUUUAGCCAGUACCCUCGACCUGCUGAUGCACCACAGGUGAACUCAGACCUCCCUGACCUUCAAGACAUAAAGGUCAUGGGUUACUCUCUACGCACCUGGGACUACAGAUACACACUGUGGCUGGGAUUCAACCCGAAAACCUUUCAGGUGAAUGUGACUGACGUCCAUGCUGGAGAGUUGUACAUGUUAGAAGACGACCCCGGGCAGGACAAGAACGUCUACAGUGACACGGAUCACAGUGUGAUCAUGAGGAAGAUGACCAGCCUGCCUCAUACUGUGACUCUGCAGACGAGAAUGAAGCUGCAGCUCCUCUACCUCACAGCAGGGAUGAAGAGGAACAGUGGGAAGGCGUGAUGACGAGAAUACACUACAGCAGAUGGACGGAGGACAAGUACAAAGGGAAGAUGGAUGGAUGAAAAACUUUGUCUGGAAUGGCGGAAUUCCUCGGAAAAUUCUUUUAACACAACACAGGCUUGAUUCUGUAGUCUCUGCUAUCACCAUUAAUCUUUAAAGCUCAGUUCUUCAGGCUUAUGUUCCGAGUUAAGAACUUGUCAGCAGACGGACCUGGAGUUAAGUGAAAAAGAACAUAUUGUUAGUUUCAAGACCUUUCAACCUUUUGAAGGAGUUUAGCAAAGAAAUAAUUUCAAUUUUGACAAAGGGAACCAUCCAAAUGUGAACAGAAACGGUUUCCUCUAACGAAACAGAACCAGUGUGUUCAGUGACUUGCCUCUUCACCCAUGUCUGUAUCUACUAACUUGUGUGGAGGAAAUGUUUGCAAGUGCAAAACCAUACCCGUGAGGAAUCAUUUCCAAUCUGUGUGCAGGACCUGCGAGGGCCUGUCGGGCUGUGUUGAUCAGUUUCGAGCGCAUGGUUUCAUGCUGAUCUCAGCCUGUGCUCGUCAACCUGCAGUUCUGCACAUGGAGCAAAAAUGCCGCCUAGUGAGGGUUGGGGUUGCUUUCCACUCGCAGAUGCUGAUCUGUGCGCUUGCAGAGUAGAUCCUCCCUCGUGAGUGUGGGUCUUUUUUGUGCGGGAAAAUGUCAUGUCUAUUUUUCAAUGGCAGCACUUACAGGUUUUUUGUGUUUUGAGGGAUACACAUAUUUUCUCUUCGAGUUGUGUAAAAACUAUCAAUAGGUAAGUAAGCUUAGCUUGACCACAAAUGCAAAAAUAUUUUCAGUUUCUACGAAAAUGCAGUACUUGUUGAAAUUCUUAUAUUUCAGCUUCAUGUACGGAGCCUCGCUAGCUGUUUCCUCAGAACUAUUGUCUUUAUGCCGAGCUUAUCGUGAGAUAAUAAGGCUCAAAUUGAGUGUUCACGUAUGAAAGAAGUAUAGAUGUACUGCUGGACGCACAGCCUCCUGAGGGACGGCUCUGAUUGGCCGUGACUUCACUACCUCCUGUAUGCAUGAUUACAUCACACUUUACGAGGCUUUUCAUCUGAGGGAAUAUUGAUGAGACCUGAAGAAUUAGAUCUUUUGAUUAAUAGUGACACCAAUUUCCUUUUUUCUGGAUCAAGUGUUCUUCAGCGUAUUGAUCGUUCAGUCAGCAUCAGGUGUCGUCUCCACUUUAAAGCACAGCAGCUAAAGAGGGCUCGACUAGUACUGUACAGUGGAGUGAAACAAAAUGACAUUUCUAUUUGCACUUGACGUCCCUCACAGCUAUUUGCCUCUCUCCUUGUAAACAGUCUGUUCAGAUCAAUUUGUGGACUUGAAAUGAAGUGAGUCAAAGCCCUAAUGAUUCAAUGCAAAUGAAACUGAGCAUUUUACUGCUGCUCCAAUGCGUGAAACAUUUUUGUGCUGUGGUAAUUUUAAAAGAGCCAUUUCAGCUUGAAUUUCAGGUUCAGCAAUGAAUCAAAGGGAUUUGGUUUUGAGGACUUGUAUUGUGGGCCGCACUGUUCUUGUGUUAAUGGGAUACAGUUGAAUCAUGAUAUCGGCGGGGCUCUUAUUAUAUGUGAGGAAGUUAGGGGGGGGGGGGGGAAUUUAAAUGAUUUGGUUCAUGUUUGCCUUGUUUCCUCUGAUCAGUGGAAAUCAAUGUUGAGAGAAUGUAUUUCUUCCCAGGCUGACUUCUCUGCACUGUGUCCCGUUACUUUAACAUGUGGAAAAAUGGACAUAAUGACUAAUGUAUAGUGUCCAUACACAUACAGACAAUGGAAAAAAUAUAUUUAAACUUGAGUGUGGUUUGCGUUUGAGCUUCUUUAAGCUCCAUGUUUCUGAAGGGAAAAUGAAAAAUAAAUGCUGUAGUAAUAAUACAAAUCUUGAGCUUGGCAAGAACACAUUAAAAUAUUUGUCAUUUUGAUUGAUUUGUAAAAAAAUAA